AUGAACUACAGGGAGAAAACCGUGUUGUAUUACAGUGGUGUCAAGAAGGUCUCCUCUGGGGAGGCGGUCAGAGAGGCUAACAGGUGGAUUGGGAACUACAGAACAAUGGGAUAUACAAGUGAGGCAGGUUUAGAAACCAUGGAGAGGAUCCCCCGCUACCCUCGCCGUACCUCCCCCACUGCCCGCUCACCCCGACAGACGGGGCGAGGUGGAACACUCAGAUUUGUCCCGGGAGACGUGGGACGAACCCGACCGUUUCCUUUUAUUGGGGACGGCUGUGAGGGGUUCCAGGCGGCGUUAAGCACCUCACGCCCGCCCACAGUGGAGCUGCCGGCGGGAAGCCCGACAAGCUCAGCGCUUGACGGACCGAAGGCACGCGCCGGGGCCGCCCCGGCUCGCCUCACGGCAGGGCCCCUUCGCGGCCGCCCCCCGGCGCGGCCCGGCAGCAGGAACCACCCACGUUCAGGUGGAGGUGCAAAUCCCCCCACCCCUUCCCCGUAUGUCCCGGCUCCUCCGGGCGGACCGCUGUGUGCCCCCGUCUCCCAACGCCUCGGCGGCGGCGCGGCUCUGAAACGUGUCCCGGGGUCGGGCAAGGCCCCCUGCUCCCCGGGAGCGCAGGCCAGGCCCGGGCUCCGGUCAGGCCUUGGCGGGGUAACUGCAGAUGAGGGGAUCCUGCACGCUUCUGGAAGUGGUGUGCCUCCAGUAACAAAGGAUUACUGCAUAAUUUACAAUUCUAAUUGGAUAUCCCUUCCAAAGAGCCUGGACAAUGCUACUUUCAGCACUCUGGAAAACCUGACUUCUACAGUACUCUGCAAUUCUUCUGAAGUUCCUUCUGGCUUAAUGAAGGACAAAGCAGUUGUAGUGAUGAGAGGAAACUGCACUUUUUUGGAGAAAGCAAGAAUUGCACAAAGUUCAGGUGCUAAAAUGCUGUUGAUUGCCAGUAAACCUAGGCUGUCUCCCCUUUCGGAUAACAAGACUGGUUUUGAAGAUGUGACUAUUCCAGUUGCUCUUAUAAGAUACAAUGAUAUAGUAGAUAUGCAGCUGACGCUUGGAAAUGAAGUUAAUGUGACUCUGUAUUCACCACCUUUGCCAGAGUUUGAUUACAGCAUGGUUGUCAUCUUCCUAAUCGCUGUGUUUACAGUGGCACUAGGAGGCUACUGGAGUGGAGUAGCAGAACUCGAGAAUUUGAAAGCAAUGGUGAGUCCUGGGGAGAGAGAAACAAGACGGAAGAAAGAAGAAAAUGUUACUUUCACCCCUGUAACAGUAAUCUUGUUUGUUGUCAUCUGUUGUGUCAUGCUGGUCUUACUUUAUUUCUUCUACAAAUGGUUAGUGUAUGUUAUAAUAUCAGUCUUCUGCUUGGCAUCUGCAAUGAGUCUAUACAACUGUCUUGCGGCAUUAAUAGGAGAAAUCCCAUUUGGGCAGUGCAGGAUUGCAUGUUGCAACAAAAGCAUUGAAGUGAGGCUUAUUUUUCUUGCUGCAUUCUGCAUAGCAGCAGCUGUCGUCUGGGCAGUGUUUCGAAAUGAAGAUAGGUGGGCUUGGAUUUUGCAAGAUAUUUUGGGAGUUGCUUUCUGCCUAAACUUUAUUAAAACACUGAAAAUGCCCAACUUUAAGUCCUGUGUGAUACUUCUAGGCCUUCUUCUUCUAUACGAUGUGUUUUUUGUCUUCAUAACACCAUUUAUCACAAAGAAUGGGGCAAGUAUAAUGGUUGAAGUUGCAGCUGGUCCUUUUGGAAACAGUGAAAAGAAUGAUGGAAACUUGGUGGAAGUCCCUACUGAACGCUCAGCUCCCCAUGAGAAAUUACCUGUGGUUAUUAGAGUGCCUAGACUUGAAUACUCUGCAUCGACACUGUGUGACAUACCAUUUUCAUUGUUGGGUUUUGGAGACAUUAUUGUCCCAGGGCUUCUGGUUGCCUAUUGUCGAAGAUUUGAUGUUCAAACAGGUUCAUCUUCUGUAUACUACAUUUCCUGUACCAUAGCUUAUGCCAUUGGUAUGGUGCUGACUUUCAUUGUUUUGGCAUUAAUGAAGAUGGGACAACCUGCCCUUCUCUAUCUUGUACCAUGUACACUCAUUACUAGCUCGCUUGUGGCUUGGAGGCGCAAAGAGAUGAAGAAGUUUUGGAAAGGAAGCAGUUACCAGGUAUCGGACUCCUCCAGGACGCCUUUGCUACAAGAUGAUGGAACACCUGGAUUAUACAGGAAAUGAAGAAAGCACAGCAUCAGCCAGUGAACAGCCCGCAGGACAAUAACAUGUAGGAUCCUGAUUUAAAAUAGUAUUCAAAUUUUCUACAAAUGAAUUAUAGUAAAUUUGGUGACAUUUUACAAUAGAGUGUUUCCUACUCUGCGUAAAAGGAUUUUUUUACUCCUGCACCUAUAUUUUUAUGGAAAAUAUUGUUAAUAAUAUGAAAGUAAUCAAAAUAGACUUGCAUUUUUACAGCCAAAUCAUAGCUAGUAAAACCGUGCCUUAUGUCAAUUUAAAUAAAAGGAUAUUUUCUAUGCAA